UUUUUUUUCUUUCUUUCUUUCUUGACAGUGGAUAAAUUGGGUCAAAAGAUAAAGGCUAAGGAUAAUCCAAGUCAUAAUGUUGUUGUUUGCUCGACACGUUGAAAAAGCUACCUGAACUUGCAGCAGUAAAAGCAAUUGAAGCAAUGAGUCUCAUACGCGCAGGAACAAGAUUGAAAUGCCGAACUUCUUUAUAUAUAAUUUGAUUGAGCUCAAUUUUUGGUUUGUCUAGUGAAUACAUGCCCACUGCUACUCUAUCAAAUCAAUCUCUUAUGCAGACAAAUAUCCUUGAUAAGGAAUUUGAUAGUUUAAUCAAUAUUGACGAAAUAAGAGAAAGUUUACGUCAAUUGGACGAAGAAGAAAAUCGCAUAGAUGCUUUUCUUGAUGACAUUUUAAAACAGGAAUCUAUUCUAGAUACAUCGUUGAAUUCACUCAAAGCUAUAAAGCCGCAAUUAGAUACCUUGAAAGUAAAAGCCGCUACAUUUACAGAUACAGUCAGUCAAACAGCUCAUUUAGCUGAGGUGAUUAGCGAUAAAGUAAGACAACUCGAUAAAGAACAGACAAGAGCAAAGCUUGCUAUCAAGUAUGUAGAAGACGUUCAGGAGUUAAAGUUUUGUAUUUCAAGUCUUAACGAAGCGAUGCAAAAGAAGGAGUAUGACUGUGCAGCGCUUUUAUUGCAGAGAGCAUCAAAGAUAGACUCAUCCAUCUUGAAAGGAUCACUAGCCGAGUUCACAGUGCCUACAUCAGAGUACCCAGAUCAUCCAGAAAAAACAUUGACAGAGACCAAAGCAGCACUAUUUGAUAUAUUCAGCCGUCAAUUUGAUGAUGCAGUGGCAGAAAGGAAUCAAGCAGACAUUACACGUUACUUCAAACUGUUUCCUCUCAUUAACUGCCAAACAGAAGGAUUGGAUCAGUAUUCACGGUUCGUUUGUAACAUUAUCAAAUCACGUUGUGCAGAUGAAAUGAGUGAGGGUCUAGUAACUGCACCUACCUAUUUUGCUGAUGCGUUAACAAGACUGUUUGAAAAUAUUGCGGUCAUCAUUGAUCAGCACCAACCCCUUGUUGAGAUGCACUAUGGUAAAGGGAAAAUGUUGCGUGUCAUUCAACGAUUACAAGAGGAAAGCGAUAAGCAAGGCAUAACUAUCUUAGAUCGAUUUCUACAGACGCGUAAAUUAGAGACAAAGCUUGUUGAAAUACAGUGUUUAAUGAUCGCUAUGCUUCGAAGCGGUAAUGCUGUACCUAGCAGAGCAUCACCCAAUCCUUCGACUUCUACAUCAACUCAAAAUGAUGAUAAUAACAAUCCAUUGGUUGAUCCACGACAAUUAGAUGCCAACCUCUACGAGCUAUCACUCAUCAGUCAGCGUACUGUGCUGUUUAAUAGCUUUAUGAAUGAACGAGCCAGCGAUGGAAUGGAUGUACUUGCCUCUGAUGAAAAAGAACUGGUGAUGAAAGGCAAAGACAGUCGAUUCUACGGACCGAACGGGUUACUUGUCUCUUCUGGUUUAUCCAAACGUGUACAUGAAAUGAUGAAUUCAUAUCUAGUAAUUGACGAGUACUUGCUGAAGAAAAGCAUUACCAAAGCAAUUCAUUUAGAUGACUACGAUCCAGCCACACCUCAUGCUUCGUCAACAUGUGUAGAUGACGUCUUUUUCAUCCUAAAGACCAUACUCAAACGGUGCAUAUCAACAUAUAAACCAGACGUGAUAUCCUCUACAGUUCGCACCCUACUUAAAGCUUUAGAAAACCAGUAUAUAAACUAUUUUCAGCAACACAUGUCCACUGUUUUUACUGCGCAUGAUACGACAGGAAGAAACGCAGAAAAAGCGAUUGAAAAUGCUAAAAUAAGCUACAUGGUUGUGUUGAACAACUUAGAUAUAAGUGCAGAUUACACACAUCGAUUAGCUAAGGAGCUGCAACCUGAAAUCACAAGAGCCAUUUGGUUGGAUGAGGAGAAUGACAUAGCAAGGGUCACUACAUCCAUUGACAAGUUUGAAGGAAUUGCAGACAAGUUCAAUCGGCUACUGAAGCACGGUAUCGAACAACUAGUGAAUCAAGUACUCAAGCCACGUAUUCGGCCUUUAUUUCAAGAAUCAUAUCGUGAAGUUAAAUAUGUUCUAGAGGAAGAUGAGUAUAAUGAGGCAGAUAUUGAAGAAAAGUUUGUCAAAAAGUUUAGACAAGGCUUCAAUCAUUUGAUUCACUUAUAUAAACGCACAUUAACAGAAAAUAAUUUUAAUACCUUGAUGGAUCUGAUGCUAGACAUCAUCACUGCUCAGUGGGAACGAAUUGUUUCACAGACAAGAUUUAAUCAAUACGGUGCUCUAAGAUUUGAUAAAGACCUUCGAUCUAUCAUUCUUUACCUAUCCUCUAUAACAGAAUGGCUCUCGCGUGAUAAGUUUACUCGCUUGAACCAGAUGUCUACUAUACUUAACUUUGAAGAGCCUUCAGAGAUACAUGAACUUUGGGGCAACAGUUCAAGCCCAAUUAACUGGAGAUUGACAGUAAAUGAAGUAAAGAAGAUACUUGGCCUUCGUCUGGAUUUUGAAUCCAAGCUGGCGGAUGAACAGCUCCUUCUUAGUACAAAAUAAAUAAACAAAUCAACGACACUCAUUUCCAGCUUGACAGCACUUUGCCCUUUACUAUUUCGACUACGGCCUCCUCCUACUUGAAUCACAGAACAUGCGUCAGAAGAGUACGAGUUGAUAGUGAGCCAUACUGAUCCUAUUUCGGCACUCUUCACAAUUCUGACCACGACAGAUUAUUUUUCUCUAAUUUAUUCAAAUAAGCAGUUAUCUUUAUCACGUUCCAUAAAUUCCAC